GAGCUGGGGGAGCGGCCGCCAUUUUGUUUGCUGGCGGGAGAUCGCGCGGUGUUUUCGAGUAUCCCGGGAGAGGGUGUGAUCCAUCGGUGACCGUCUGCGGCUCAGGGCGGCGGGGGCCUCGGUCCGGUGCAUCAUGUAUAUCAAGCAGGUCAUUAUCCAGGGCUUCAGAAGCUACAGAGAUCAAACCAUUGUUGACCCAUUUAGUUCAAAACACAAUGUAAUUGUGGGAAGAAAUGGAUCAGGAAAAAGUAACUUCUUCUACGCCAUUCAGUUCGUUCUCAGCGAUGAAUUCAGUCAUCUACGUCCAGAGCAAAGGUUGGCUUUACUACAUGAAGGAACUGGACCUCGUGUUAUUUCUGCUUUUGUGGAAAUUAUAUUUGACAACUCUGACAACAGAUUACCUAUUGACAAAGAGGAGGUUUCCCUUCGAAGAGUUAUUGGAGCAAAGAAGGAUCAGUAUUUCUUGGACAAGAAAAUGGUGACGAAAAACGAUGUCAUGAAUCUCCUUGAAAGUGCCGGCUUUUCCCGCAGUAACCCUUAUUAUAUCGUGAAACAAGGCAAGAUUAAUCAGAUGGCAACAGCUCCGGAUUCCCAAAGGCUGAAACUGUUGCGGGAAGUGGCAGGGACCAGAGUGUACGAUGAAAGGAAAGAAGAAAGUAUCUCUUUAAUGAAGGAAACAGAGGGUAAACGUGAGAAGAUCAAUGAGCUGCUGAAGUAUAUAGAAGAAAGGUUACAUACUCUGGAGGAUGAAAAGGAGGAGCUGGCACAGUACCAGAAGUGGGAUAAGAUGAGGAGAGCGCUAGAGUACACCAUUUACAAUCAGGAACUGAACGAAACUCGAGCAAAGCUUGAUGAACUUUCGUCAAAGCGAGAGACAAGUGGAGAAAAAUCUCGACAGCUGAGGGACGCACAACAGGACGCUAGGGAUAAAAUGGAGGAAAUUGAGCGUCAAGUCCGUGAAUUGAAAUCCAAAAUAUCUGCAAUGAAAGAAGAGAAGGAACAGCUGAGCUCUGAGAGACAGGAGCAGAUAAAACAGAGAACCAAACUGGAACUGAAAGCAAAGGAUUUGCAGGAUGAACUGGCGGGAAACAGUGAACAGAGAAAACGUUUGUUAAAAGAAAGACAAAAGCUACUGGAAAAAAUAGAAGAAAAACAGAAGGAGCUUGCAGAGACGGAGCCAAAAUUUAGCAGUGUGAAACAGAAAGAGGAAAGCGGCAUUGCAAGGCUAGCUCAAGCAACCCAGGAGCGUACAGAUCUUUAUGCCAAGCAGGGUCGUGGAAGUCAAUUCACAUCAAAAGAAGAGAGAGACAAGUGGAUUAAGAAGGAGCUGAAAUCCUUGGAUCAAGCCAUCAAUGACAAGAAAAGACAAAUUGCAGCCAUAAACAAAGAUCUGGAGGACACAGAAGCCAAUAAGGAGAAAAAUCUGGAACAGUACACUAAAUUAGAUCAAGAUCUUAAUGAAGUGAAGGCUCGAGUUGAAGAACUGGAUAAAAAGUACUAUGAAGUGAAAAACAAAAAGGAUGAGCUACAGAGUGAAAGGAAUUAUUUAUGGAGAGAGGAGAAUGCAGAACAGCAAGCACUCGCUGCUAAAAGGGAAGAUUUGGAGAAGAAACAGCAGCUGCUCCGAGCUGCCACUGGAAAGGCAAUUUUGAAUGGAAUUGACAGCAUUAAUAAAGUUCUGGAGCAUUUCCGGAGGAAAGGCAUCAACCAGCACGUCAUUAAUGGUUAUCACGGGAUUGUUAUGAAUAACUUUGACUGCGAGCCUGCUUUCUACACCUGCGUGGAAGUCACUGCCGGGAACAGGUUGUUUUAUCAUAUUGUGGAAUCGGAUGAGGUCAGCACGAAGAUCUUAAUGGAGUUUAAUAAAAUGAAUUUGCCUGGAGAAGUAACCUUCCUGCCCCUCAACAAACUGGACGUUCGAGACACAGCUUAUCCUGAAACUAAUGACGCUAUUCCAAUGAUCAGCAAGCUUCGGUACAACCAACGUUUUGAUAAAGCCUUUAAACAUGUAUUUGGCAAGACACUUAUUUGCCGCAGUAUGGAAGUAUCGACGCAGCUAGCCAGGGCAUUUACUAUGGAUUGUAUCACUUUAGAAGGAGACCAGGUGAGCCAUCGUGGAGCCUUGACAGGAGGUUAUUACGACACAAGAAAGUCCCGGCUUGAGCUGCAAAAAGAUGUUCGGAAGGUAGAAGAUGAGCUUCAUGCUCUCGAGGCAAAGCUCAAUGAAAAUCUCCGGAGAAACAUUGAAAGGAUUAACAAUGAAAUUGACCAGCUAAUGAACCAGAUGCAACAGAUUGAGACCCAGCAGAGGAAGUUUAAAGCCUCUCGAGACAGUAUCUUGUCAGAAAUGAAGAUGCUCAAGGAAAAGCGGCAACAGUCUGAAAAAACAUUCAUGCCCAAGCAACGUAGCUUGCAGAGUCUGGAGGCCAGUUUACAUGCGAUGGAGUCCACACGGGAAUCUCUGAAAGCUGAGCUGGGGACUGAUCUGCUAUCCCAGCUCAGUUUGGAGGACCAGAAGCGGGUGGAUGCUCUCAACGACGAGAUUCGGCAGUUGCAGCAAGAAAACAGACAACUCCUAAAUGAAAGGAUUAAGUUGGAGGGAACGAUUACUCGAGUGGAGACUUACCUGAAUGAAAAUCUCCGAAAGAGACUGGACCAAGUGGAGCAAGAACUUAAUGAGUUGAGAGAAACUGAGGGAGGGACGGUCCUCACAGCCACAACAUCUGAACUGGAAGCCAUCAAUAAACGUGUGAAGGAGACACUGGCAAGAUCAGAUGGUCUAGAUAUCACUAUUGACAAGACAGAAGUAGAGAGCAAAGAUCUUGUGAAAAGCAUGGACCGAUGGAAAAACAUGGAAAAAGAGCACAUGGACGCGAUCAACCAUGACACAAAAGAACUUGAGAAAAUGACAAAUCGACAGGGUAUGCUUCUAAAGAAGAAAGAGGAGUGCAUGAAAAAGAUCAGAGAACUGGGCUCUCUGCCGCAAGAGGCAUUUGAAAAAUACCAGACGCUAAGUUUGAAACAGUUAUUCCGCAAGCUGGAGCAGUGCAAUACUGAGCUGAAGAAAUACAGCCACGUAAACAAGAAGGCUCUGGAUCAGUUUGUAAACUUCUCUGAACAGAAGGAGAAACUUAUAAAGCGCCAGGAAGAGCUAGACCGCGGCCAUAAAUCUAUAAUGGAGCUGAUGAAUGUCUUGGAGCUGAGGAAAUACGAGGCCAUCCAGCUCACAUUCAAACAGGUGUCCAAGAACUUCAGUGAAGUGUUCCAGAAGCUGGUACCUGGUGGCAAAGCCACACUUGUCAUGAAGAAGGGAGAUGUGGAAGGAAACCAAUCUCAGGACGAGGGGGAGGGAAGUGCAGAGAGCGAGAAGGGUUCCAGCUCACAGAGCAGCGUUCCUUCAGUGGACCAGUUUACGGGUGUAGGGAUUAGGGUCUCUUUCACGGGAAAGCAAGCUGAAAUGAGGGAAAUGCAGCAACUGUCUGGUGGUCAGAAGUCCCUGGUGGCUUUAGCACUUAUAUUUGCCAUCCAGAAAUGUGACCCGGCUCCUUUUUACCUAUUUGAUGAAAUCGACCAAGCUCUGGAUGCCCAGCAUCGAAAAGCUGUUUCAGACAUGAUCAUGGAACUUGCAUCUCACGCCCAGUUUAUUACGACGACCUUCAGACCUGAGCUGUUGGAAUCAGCAGAUAAAUUUUAUGGCGUGAAAUUUAGAAAUAAGGUGAGCCACAUUGAUGUGAUCACAGCAGAACAGGCCAAGGACUUUGUAGAAGAUGACACCACACAUGGCUGAGAGUCCAUUUACAGCUGAGCCUGUCUGUCCCAUUUCACAGAUUGACAUUGUACAGAAUAUUCCUUAAUUGUUUAUUUCACACCGGGUUUAUGUAUAUUUAAAAGUGGAAUGCCAUUCCCUUGUUUAAGUAGGUUCUAAACAUCUAUUUUAACAUUUUGGCCCUCUGGCUUUCAUGUUUUGUACAAUUAGCUGUAGCGCCUAUUUUAUGCUUAUUAUUUCAAUGUGAUUUUUUAUGAAGACCUUUGUACUUUUAUUUCCUGCAUUUGGUGAACAUUUCCCAUCUGUUGUUUUAAUGCUUUUCAAAAAAAAAAAUCAUUUUUCAAACGCUAAUUUUACCGCACUGCCUUGUGGUUUCUUUUACAUUGCUUCAAUAAAACCGUUAAUUUUAUAA